CUUGGUUUUUUAAAUGUGAAUCUUAAUUUUCGUUUUUGGAGAAGAUUUAUCAUGUGCUUGCUCCAUAAGCAGCAGCUGUCAAAUUAGGUUUUUUUAAAUUUAUUACGCCUAAUUAAGUUGCAGAAUGUUUUUCCGGUUUUGAUGCUUUAACCCCUUCAAUCCUGGAAAUUUCUAAAUAACGUGAAACAUGCCGUCACCUCCAAGAAGAAAAACUCAUAGAGAAAAACGACGAGAACGAGAAGGAAACCGAUCCGUUGGAAGGGAACGAAGACAUUCAGUGGAUCGAGAGAAGAGCCGAGAUAGAAGUCGGGAACGUCGUGAUCGAGACAGAGAACGAGAUCUAAGACCUCGUGACUACCGCCGGAGAUCCAGGUCUAGAUCGAGAUCAUAUGAUAGAGGGCGUGAUAAAUCUCCUCAGUCAUCGUCGUCUAGAAGAUUUCAUGCCAAACCGACAAUAACGGAGGCAGACCUAGAAGGUAAAACGCCCGAUGAACAGGAAAUGCUAAAAACAAUGGGGUUCUGCGGUUUUGACACAACUAAAGGUAAGAAAGUGGAAGGUAACAACGUAGGUGAGGUUCACGUAAUUCUAAAGCGAAAAUAUAGACAGUACAUGAAUCGAAAAGGCGGAUUUAACCGACCAUUGGACUUUGUUGCCUAGCUUUGGUAUAUGUUUAAGUUGCUCAUAAACAAAAAUCGGUCAGAUUUUUGUAGGUUGUACGUAUGUAUGCGGUAGAGCGUUACAAGCUACUUAUAGUUUUAAUGGUAAUUUCGUAUUCAUUUCCCGGAAAUGAUUUUAUUCAAUGGGUAUAAUUAAAGUAAUUCCAAGCAUCCAAUUCAUCCUCCAUAAAGUACAAUAGUUGAAACAUAGCACAACAAACGGGUUCCAUAAUACUGCAAUAGCCAUCUUCAUAUACACAAUCACACAUGACUAAAUUUACCACAACAAUGCAAUAGCCAGGAAAGCAGUGCAAGAACGUACGACAUAGCAAAAAUUACUUUCGCUUCACAAAAGUGCCUUGAUGUUUGUAUCAUACUAUAUUUCAUUGAAGUAUCUCGACGCGCGAACUAUUUAGUUUUGUUCAGUUUAACACGAAUUAUAUAAUAUCGUUUUCAUUGUAUCGCGAUAGAAAAUAAAUCCAUGUAAUAAACUUGAAUCUAAGUGAAUUCAGUAUUAGAAGAGCUCUCAUUUUCUUUAUAUUUUGAUAGCUUUGGCGGUAUUACAUUAUAAAGAAAUCGUUCGAUUUCUUUUAUCGUGAUAGAAUAGAAACGCCAUUGUAUUACCUCCUUGGACAUGACUAUGUAUACAUGUUUUUAUUACUUACUAGAAGAUAUAUAAUACAUUUUUCGUCAUUUCAAAUUGAUGGAUAUUUGACUACUAACGGCAAUUAACUAGUUCUAACAGUAAAUGUAGUAAUGCAUCGUGCUGAACCCACAAUUGCCGCAUGUGUUAAUAUCAAGCUUUUUAUAUCUAAUAAUAACUAUCAAUCCGCAAUAAACUAAAGCAACCUGUACCACUUGAUUUAUGUAGAUGAUAUUACCUAUAUGGUAAGAUUUGAGACUUUCGUUCAAUUAGAUUACUAAUCUGAACUUUAAAAAACUUUGCAUGUCGUUACGGUUCGAGCACUUGUUUUAUAUACAAACAACCAAACCUCAUAGUUUUAUUCACCACAGUUAACAAUAGCAUCAAAAGAGAAACUUUAAUAUACCUCAAAUAAUAUUAAGAAAAUACAUGUUUUAUAUGUACCCAUGUACGUUAUUCGUUUUGUAGCUGUAGCUAGAAUACAUUUUCAUUACCAAUUUUGUUUGAUUUCUUGAGUGAUAUCAGCGAAUGGUACUCUAGUACCUAUUAACAUUUCAUAUAUGAAAUAAAAAACUGGAUUGAGAAUCGUCAAACAAAUAAGUGACAAGCAUAAAGCACAUAAGUAUCACUAUAUUUUUCUAAACCCCGAUUCAUAAAAUCAAGAAAUAUAAUGUAAAAUUGUGUCAUAAUUUUAUCCCAGGCAUUCCCUGAAAAACUGUAAAUUAUGUUAUCGUUACCUUUUGAUUGAUUUACUUUAGAGAAGAAUACGACAAAUUAUUUUCAGAUAAUCAGUUAUUAAAAAUUAAAAUUAGUAAUUUGUGAACAAAGUAAAACAGUAAUAAAAUAAAUACAAUGUUUAGUCUAUUUAUAAUCAAUGCUAAUAAAAUGAACAAAAAAUCGAAUUCGACUAUACUGGUUACAGUCAACAUUGAAUAUAUUCUGAUGAAUCACAAAAAAUUGUAUAAAGCACAAGAAUAAAUUUCGCUCGGGAGUCGCAUAAUUUUACAGCAAAUUUUUUUUUGUAAUGAAUACAUUGACUUCUACAGUUUUUGGACAGAUAAUGCGGUACAAAUCGCGUGUACAACUCAUUAUAUUAUCGUAACCGUUGGUUGUCUAUAUAGUAAUGAUUUUCCCAAAAAGCGUACGACCGAUUAAUUUAUUGUAUACGUAUAUGCAUAAAGCACUUGUACCCUAACUGUACGUCCGUUAAUUGAACUGUAUUUUAAUUUUUCGUUUACCGAUUGCACGACAGUGCAACUUUUAAGCAAUUACGUAUGCAUCAAACUGCACCUGGGUUUCAAUCUAGCACUGCCAUGCAUUAAAGUUUAUUGGCGUUCGCAGAUGUAUUAAAAUCAAUGGAUGCAGUGCGUGCGUGAUUAUCAAAAGAAUAGAUGUUCUUGAAUUGAAACUGGCAAUUUCUUUUAAGUAGGAAACACAAUCGUCAACUGCAUCAACGUUUUCGUACAAUUAGCACACAAGUACUGUAGUAGAAAACUCGAGAAUUGAUUGAAAAUAUCACCAUUCGAUAAAUCCUACUUUGUUAAACAAGCAUUGCGAAAUAGCCAGUUAUACAUUUUUAUUGUUUAUUUAUAAAGAAGAAAGAACUAUUAGGUAGGAACUAAUGGCGAAUUCUUUUAUUAACCUGGGUUCGUGCUAUCUCUAACUCAAAAUUAAUUAGCGAAAUCCGAAGUUUGACAAAUCAACUCAUAAAUCUUAUGAUUUAUUGGUUUCCGUGUUAAUUCCGAUGAAUACUGAAUUAGUUCAUUAUCGCUUUAACAGUAGUUUGAUUAUAGACCGUGCUAACAGGGUGAACCAGGUUAAUAAGUGAGUUUGGUAUAGGUGUAGCAAGUCACUACCUGUUUCUAAGAGCUGAUUAUAAAAUUCAUGCCCCAAACUUAGCUAUUUGUAGGUUAAUGCAACAGAACAUAAUAAGUUGAAACCUUAAAACUAAAUCCAUUUAAAACGCUAAAACUCACAUUUUAAUAGGUAAUAACGCUGUAGGUAUUUUCAGUUUCGUUCUCACAUUUUAUGAUAUUUUCUAACUAUUGAGAUAUCUCGUUAUUUAUCCUUGAUUUUCAUUUUCCGACUUUUGGUUACAAAUCACUAAGGGUUUGUGUGCUUUAAGAGACGUAGAUUCAACUUUUAUGUAUGUUGUCUCAACCUAUAAGGUCGAAAUAUUUAAAUGUGUAUAUAAAUUACACUUACACAAAAAAAUCAUUUGCCGGAAUAUACUUCUAACCGUUGGCAUACGAUUAUUUCAAACAAUUUCAUCAUUAAAAAU